CCUAAUUAACAAUUGUUUUGUUUUUUGUUUGCGAAAAAUCGCAGAAUUGAUAAAAAUGUCCACAUCUUCCAAUGGCAACCUAAUGGAUGAAUUUGAAGAGGCUUUUCAAAAUUGCCUGCUUUCACUCACCAAGCUAGAGACGAAUACUGGCACCAAUAAGGAAGAAGUCGAAUUGGAAGUGCAAAAAACUACGAACCGUUUUAUAGAUGUGGCCCGGCAAAUGGAAGCAUUCUUUUUGCAAAAACGUUUCUUGGUAUCAACUCUAAAACCCGAUCAACUAAUCAAGGAUGAAAAUCAAGAUCUACGCAUAGAAAUUUCACGUAAAGAAGCUUUACUCAACAAACAUUAUAGUCGUCUGGAGGAGUGGAAAGCCUGUCUUUCGGAUAUACAACAAAAUCCUGCUAUACUUAAUAGGCCAGUGGGUGGUCUGCCAGCAGGUUUGGGUGAGGCCGGUGGCAGCAUGAUUGGACCAUCUGGAUCUGCGGGACCUAUGGGAGUGGGUGCCAUGGCUGCUAUGGGAGGACCACCGGGCCGAGGUGGUAUGAUGCCUAAUGUUCCUGGUGCUAUGGGUCCCAUGUCACAAACGGGUGCGGCGGGGCAGCAGCAACAACAUUUACAAAAUCAAAAAAUGUUACAGGCUCAACAAAUGCAACAGUUGCGCAUGAUGGGCAAAUUACUAAAGUAGUGAUCAUGUUUUUUGGAAAUUAUUUCAGUUUUAUUUUUAAGCAGUAAUUUUCUUAUGGGAUUAUGUGGCGUAUUAAAUGAAGUAAUUUGAUAUUCAGGAAGUUUUUAGUGGAAAUUUUAGAAAUACAUACUAUAAGAAGAAAAUAAAAAUUGUUUGAUUUAUAAUUUAA